CACAAAUCGAAUCGACCUGAACUGCUUCUUCAAAUUUUUUUCUGGUGAUUCUACAACCUGUCCUAACUCUCAACCCUCUUCCUCUUAAUUAAUCUAUUCCUCUUUAUCCUCCUCUGAACCUCAAACACCAAAACAAAGCAUUACAAUUCUCAAUUUCACAUAAACACCAGAAUUGAUAAAAACACAUAACAAAAAAAAAAAGUGAAAAAUGGCGAGCGCAGUGGAGAAGGAGGGUGGCGCGAGCGAGGAAACUUUGUCUUUGGAGCUUCCUGCUCCACCUGGUUGGAAGAAGCAGUUCAUUCCAAAGAAAGCUGGUACCCCAAAGAAAAACGAGAUUGUGUUCACUGCACCAACAGGAGAGGAGAUCAAUAACAGGAAGCAGCUGGAAAAAUAUUUGAAAGCACACCCUGGAGGCCCAGCUGUAUCAGAAUUUGACUGGGGCACUGGUGAGACCCCAAGAAGAUCUACAAGAAUCAGUGAGAAGGCCAAGGCAGCUCCUCCAACACAGAGGGAGCCCCCAAAGAAGCGUACUAAAAGAUCAUCAGCUUCACAAAAGGAAAUUUCCCAGGAAGAAAAAGAAGAGGAGACCAAGGAAGCAGAGAUGCAAGAAGCUGAUGACACCACUAAGGGUGAUAAUGAUAUAGAGAAGGAAAAGGUUGUUGUAAACGAAAAUCAUGACAAGAGUGUGGAAGAUACAGAUGUCAACAAAUCCACUCGUUAUGGAGAAGAAGCUAAAGCUGGAGAAAACGUUGAGGUACCUAUUGAAGAGGAAAAAUCCAAUGCUGCUGAUGGAGAACUACCUGCAUUAAAAGAUAAAGCUGAUGACAAAGUAACUGAGGGCUCUGAAGUUUUUCUGAGAAAGGAUGAAGAAAAGAUUGAGCAACCACAGGAAGAGACAAAAGAAUAUAGUGGAUUUGGGGAGCCAGAGAAAUUGGAAACAUGCACUACUGCAGACAAAACGGUUGAAGUGGAAGGAGUGAAUAAAGAGGAUCACGUCAAAAGUACUCAUGAAUUUGAAGUUGGGGAAAUAGAAGGAACAAAAGUGAACGGUGAAGAACAUCACAAGCUUGAUGAGAUAAACAAGGCCGAAGCAGAGUUGACUGUGAAUGGCACUCACGAGAGCUGAACUGGUGAGGUCAAAAGCCUGGAGCAGGGAAUAGAUUAAUAAGCUCUCCGCUUCCCUCCUCUCAUUCUGACCCCUUUAGAUCUGUUUGAAAUGACUGUAGUUUUUGUUAAUGUUAUUUCUCUGAUUGUUUAUUGAAAUAACAAUAUACAAUUAUAGAGCAUAGCCCUAUCAUGUACCACCCUUGGGUGUAUUGGACAGACGUGUAGCUUCUAGUUGCUUUUGUAACAUUAUGUUGUAAGAUGUGAUAUGGACCUGUAAUCAUAUAUGUAAGGAAGUGAUCCUAUAUAUUAUCAUAGGUGAUUAGGGGUGGAAAUAGGCCAGGCCAAACUUUGAAAGGCUUGAGCCUAACUUACGAUGAAUCUUUGAGGCUUGAGCAUGACCUAUAGCCUAUCAAAGACUUUUAUUUU